AUGCAUAUGAGCCAGAUGGCGCUUCUGACGCCGAGUACAAUCUCAAGGGCAAAGUAUAUAAAGCGAUCCGAACAACCACCCACGGGCAAAGAAAAGCGAUUCGAACAACCACUCAAGAAGCGCUCCAUCGAAAAACAAGCACCUAACACCUCACUCGGAGUUAGUGAGGCAUUCUUUACACCAGUCAAUGUUGUCGGCAUAUACAGCCUAGAGCUUGACACUCUUACUAUCAAGCUCGAAGACUCUACCACAUUCUCAAUCGCCUUCCAAACCUAUCCGGAAAAAUCACUUUACAACCCAGAUAAUCGCCAUUUUGAAUUACUGGUAGAUGAAGUAGCCCUAUACGAUCACGAGAUGCCUGAUGGUACAGUGACUCGAGCAUGGCGGUUACAAGCUCGCGACAUUCAUCAAGCGGGCGCGGAACCUGUAGAUCUGUUCACUAUGCACGCGUCCAAUCUCGCAAGGGAUCAAGGUGUCAAUAUCAUCAUUGAGGACGUUUGCGACAGGUUAGAGCAUGGCAAGGUGGUAGCACUGGGACAGAUCAAGGUUGAUAUCAUGAAUCGGGCGCCAGUGGAAUUGGAUGUAGAUGUCUGGAAGAGGAUUGAGGUCCAGAGUGGAUCACUAGCUAGCCAUUCUCUGAUAUAUGUGUUGAUCAAUACAGUCAGCCUUGACAUCUUGAAGCUGGAGUUUAACUCGACUUGGAACCUCUUAACACGUGGAUUUAACUUAGACGGCGAGCGCAAAAGCACUUGGACGAGGUACUUCUACAAUAGGAUGGCCGUUGUAUACACUGAUACGAGUGUGCACGAAACCUGGCCACCCGUUGUUUGGGCCUAA